AUGCUUGUCAAGGCUUCCGCUGUUGGCUGCGUCCUCGCCGGCGCCAGCCUCGCCCUCGCCGGUAGCCCGGACAAGCCCGAGAUGAACCCGGCCUUUGACUACGGCCGGUUCGAGGCUGGCCUGCGGGAUAACCUGCACCCGACGCAUUCCACCUGGGACUACUGGGGUCCCGGCUGGAUCCCGCAGUCGUGCAAGGACAUUGCUACGAGCCACGGCCUGAGCCCGAACGACUUCACCAUCUUCAACGUGCACUACGACGACUGCCAGGAGGGCUGGACGUUUUGCCGGCACAAGGACGCCGGGGCGUCGGAGAUUGACAUGAUUGACAUUUUCGGGCGGGCUCCCGUGCACAUGCGAUCCUUUAUCCGCCAUCUCGUCGCCACGCCCGGCCUCCACGACGGCGCGGCUGCCUUCACCUUCUCGAAUGGUGACUGCGUCGUCGAGAGCGCGCCGGACCUGAGCGUCAUGCUGCACGAGAUGUCGCACAGCCUCGACUGGCACGCGCUCCCCCAGUAUCCCUCGCCCUUUUCCAGCAGCAACGAGUGGCAGAGCAACUACGCGCAGGACUCCAACACGCCGACGGCGUACGGGCGCACCAAUUGGCUAGAGGACUUUGCCGAGGCCGGCAAGGUCGGCGUGUUCGACAAGGUGGUGCCGGGCGGCUUCGGCAGCGUGGCGGGCAACUGGGGCCAGGUCUUCCACCAGUACGCGACGUACCAGGGGUACCUCGGGGACACGAUCCUGCCGGGCGGCACCUGUGACAAGCGCUUCCCGAACAGCGAGACGGUGCCGAUGGCCGGGAAUAGUAAGAGGAUGGCGGCGGACUUGGGGGAGAAGCCGGAUAACACGAUCAAGGCGGACAACAUGACGCUCAUCCAGAUGCGGCCGGAGAUUGAGGGCCAGGUUUCCAUCUGCGAGCAUCAGCACUAG